AUGAUUCACAGUCCCCAUGGUCACAUUGAACUCAUCAUUGGACCCAUGUUUGCUGGCAAAACAACUGAACUGAUGCGUCGUGUGCGUCGUGAGUUGUUUGCCCGGCGAUCGUGUUAUAUCAUCAAACACUCCCGUGAUGUGCGCUACAAUCGUGAGAGUGUUUCCUCACAUGAUCGUCUCUUACUUGGCGCGACUGCAGCCGUGGCGGUGCUGGCGGAUGUGGGAGAUGCCUGGCAGUCGUAUGAUGUGGUGGCGGUGGACGAGGGUCAAUUCUUCCCGGAUGUUGUCGACUUCUGCAGUCGGGCGGCGGACGCGGGGAAGACGGUGAUUGUCUCCGCGUUGGACGGCGACUACCGCCGCCAGCCAUUUGACGGCAUUUGUUCCCUCAUCCCACUCGCGGAGUCGGUGAAGAAACUCAGUGCGGUGUGCAUGGUCUGCCACGAGCGGGAUGCCUCCUUCACCCACCGCACCGUCAGCUGCAGUGCGCGGGAACUCAUCGGCGGCGCGGAUAUGUACAUCGCCGCCUGCAGAAUGUGUUAUAUCGAAAAGGAGAAGGAACAACACAGUAUAGUAGCAGCAGCCGCAGCAGAGAAGGAAAAGAAGAUGGAGGAACAGCCACAGAGUUGUGGAGAUGUGGAGGAUCGUAACAUGCCGCAGGAGAAACCACAACAGAGAAAAGAAGAGAAGGCAGAAAAACAGAGAGAUGCGGUGGGAGAAGAGCCCACAACGCCGGAGUUUAAUACCGCAGCCGCAAUGGAAUCCCCCUCACCUGCUGUUAUGAGCCGCAAACGUCCAUCCGAUGCCGUAGAUGAUAAUACUUCAAUAGAUGCUGAACACCGGGCCGGAGUGAGAGCGCGAGUGGAGUUUCAGUAA